AAAGGUUCUUGCCUUGACUACAGCUUCAGCUCUAACAAUGCGUGCGCUUCCUGAUCCAGCCUCUAGUUGGCGCUGUAGUGCACAGUCCUGGGCUUACAGACGAGGAAAAGCGUCUUCACAGCUGACUGCAGGAUAAUAUGCGGUUCCGGUUUUGUGGGGAUUUGGACUGCCCGGACUGGGUCUUAGCUGAAAUCAGCACUUUAGCACGAAUAUCAAGCGUCAAGAUGAAGCUUCUGUGUGUGCAAGUGAUUAAAGACAUCCUCGACGAGGGCAUUGAUUAUGAGAAGAUAGCAAAACUAACAUCUGAUGCAAAGUUUGAGAGUGGAGAUAUUAAAGCCAGUGUCGCUGUACUGAGUUUUAUCCUCUCCAGUGCAGCAAAGCAUGAUGUUGAUAGUGAAUCUCUGUCCAGUGAACUUCAGCAACUUGGCCUGCCUAAAGAGCACACAACAGGACUGUGUAAAUCAUAUGAAGACAAACACACAGCCCUGCAGGAGAAGCUAAAGGAGAGCAGUCUACGCUUGGGGCGUUUGGAGGCAGUGAACUGGAGAGUGGACUACACACUGAGCUCCAGCGAACUGAAGGAGGUGAAUGAGCCCACAGUACAGCUAAAGCUCCAAGCUCAGGACCCAGAGUCUGGUUCCACUGAGACGACUGUAGUCUCCGUCAGUGCAGACAAGUUCAGAGUGCUCUUAACAGAACUUAAACAAGCGCAAGCUAUGAUGAAUGCACUGCAGUGAAUUUAUCUUGUACAAUAGUUUUAUUAAUUCGUUAUGAAUGAGUGCCAUUUACACUUCUACACAUCUACACAGUAUCUCACUGAACUGUAAAGAAAAUAAAAGUGGUUACCUUCAGGUCACCACACACACUGGCCUUUUGGAAGUCACACAAUUGGCCUUUUAGCUCCAGUGGAAUUAAUGGGAUUAUUUUGUGAAGCAGAAAACAUGGUGGAGUAAUUCUCUAUCAAGGUGCAUCCGUUUUAGAGAUUUAUGCACAACAAGCAGUUUCAGAUCUUUUUCUAAUAAAGAUAAAGCAAAUUAAGAACACUGUGAUUCUGUACAAGUGUGCACAGACUAUAAGACACGUCAGUGUGUUACAGAGCUGUAAACAGACAAGCCUUUGAAUUGAGAACUGAAAUAACAAAUAUUACUUUGGGCCAUUGUUUUUCCCUAAUGAUGGUGAUUGUUUAUUUGUUUUUUUUUUUAAACUUGAAAAUGUAUUUUGUAUUUUUAGAUGAAUGUUCUUGAAAUAAAUCAUUUGACAAUAA